AUGGCGCGCUACCAUUGGCGGUGGCGGCGUGUUCUCCUAUGCCUGUGCUGUACUCCAUGUGUCCUGGUGGGAUCUCUCUGUGUGUACGUCACCCUGGCUGUGUGCUAUGGUACUACCACCACCACCACCACAGGCCCAGGCGCUGCUGCCCCUAUCUCACAAACUCUACCAGAGCGCUUCAUUGCACUGGGGUUAACCAGUAAUGGCACCGUGGCCCCCCACCCCACCAGCUCCUUCUGGGACCCCAAGCCCCACGGAGGAGCCCUCUGGAACCUGCUCCAGCUACACAUUGACCGCCAAUACAACCCCAUCCUGAUGCCCAGCAGAGUGUACAAUUACCAUAUUGAUACCAAUAAUAACAAUAAUAAAAACUAUUUGCAGUUUUCCUUCCCCACCUUGAGUGCGGGGUUCUCUGAGAUUGGGAACUUGAUGUCUCAAAUUGAGGAUUUCCCAGAGCUGCCCCUGCAGAUGCAGAUGUUUGUGCGCUCCAUGCACUUCAGGGACUACCCUGUCCUCAUUGAGCCGGCUAAACUGUGUAGGCGUGGGCUAAGGAAGGGACAGGGGCCUCUCCUAGUGCUGGCCAUCAAGACCAAGGAUCUGAACUUUGAGAACCGUCAAGCCAUCCGGCAGACAUGGGGCCGGGCAGGGUGGGUGGCAGGGGCGACAGGGAACGGCGGUGUGGUGCGGAGGGUCUUCCUCCUGGGGAAGAACCACGCAGAGCCCCGGGUGGAAGUCAGCGAGCUGCUGCAGCUGGAGAGCCGCCAGUACAGGGACAUCCUCCAGUGGGACUUCCACGACUCCUUCUUUAACCUCACCCUGAAGGACGUGCUGCUGUGGGACUGGCUCUCCACCCGCUGCUCCAUGGCACGCUUCGUCUUUAAAGGGGACGACGACGUCCUGUUGCGGACCCCUGCUCUCUUAGACUACCUCCGGGAGCAGACGAUCCUGUCAGGGGCGCCUGGGUCAGAGGUUAUGAAGGGAUUCAUGGUAGGGGAUGUGAUAGGAGCAGCCAGCCCGAACAGAGUCAACUCUACCAAGUACUUUAUUCCUGCUAGUUUCUAUAAAGGUCUGUACCCUCCGUACGGUGGUGGGGGAGGGGUGGUGUACUCAGGGGAGCUGGCCCUGAGGCUCAACCGUAUUUCCCGGACAGUUCACCUGUACCCCAUUGAUGAUGUCUACGUGGGCAUGUGCCUCCACAGGCUCGGGGUCCACCCCAUCCACCACCCCGCCUUCCUCACCUUCGACUUCCCCAAGAAAGAGGGGGAAGAGCGGUGUGCGUACCACACUAUCUUACUGGUACACAAACGCAGCCCUGCUCAGGUGAUGAAGCUUUGGUCGGAGUUAAUGAGGAACCAGACAGAGUGCAACAGCACCAUCCUGAGAACUGAGAAGGAGAACAAGAAUACACUUCUGAUAGAUCCAUUUAGUGUGAAAGACAACAAGGGACAGGAACUUCUGACGGAUCCAUGGGGAAGUUCUGAAAAUUCAGCUCUAUAGUGAGGUAAUCACUGACUCGUAUGAAACUGACUUAAAGCUGCAAUAUGCAACUUUGUGGGCGACCCGA